GGCAAGGACAGAGGAGAGACAGGGAGCUCAGCUCACUGACAGACGCACUGCAAGAGAAGGGAGAAAGACGAGAGCUCGCGGGGUCAGUUACACACUGAAGUAACUUCAAACCAGCUCGGACAAAACAAGAGAAACAAAGAAAAAAAGAAGAAAAGAAAGUCUGGAUUCUGUGACGUCUUCUUUUUUUUUUUGUUGCCUGGACAUUUCAUGAGAAGCAGCAUUUUUAUUUUUUCUUGCUUGUUUUAUUUAUUUCAUUUUUUUACUAAGCACUUUGACAUCUUUUACUUAACCUGCUUUUCUCCUGCCAGUACUGAAGGAGAUAAAUCAUCUGGGACACGUGUGUGUGUGGAGUAGAUUUUUAAGAGCAUAUGAAUGAACUGAUGGUGUGUGUUUUUGUCUUUGGACGUGAGAGUGCCCGUUAAAACUUUGAAAAGGGAUUUUGAGUGAGUUUGUGUGAGGAACGAGGAGCAAAGAGUGGCAGUCUCAGGAGGAGAGGAAAGAGGUGGAGGCGAGAGGUCCUUGAAGAGCGCGCCUAGUAGUUCUCGCUGUGAGGUGAUCUGAGUUAUGGUUGUUGACGCAUUCCUGUGGCGCUGGUGAGGAAUAAACAGCACUGAGGACUACAGCAGAGUCAGCCACAGCGCUGCGGGCUUCACCAUUACCACCCGCUACAUCACCACUGAUAUUCCUGAUAAACCUACAUCUGCCACAGCAGUCACACUGUCUUCACCCCAGCUGUUCUACAGGUUUUAACACCUACAGUCCCAGUGAGGUUGGGGUUUCCCAAACAGAGGAGGUUUAGCUGGGGGGAGUUUCUCCCACUCUCGUUCCCUCUCCCUGCACCCAGCUCAGCAUGCCCCAGCCCCUGAGCACCUCCACAGCUCUCCCAGCUCCACUACCAUGUGUAGAUGGACAGUGACACAAGGUGCACCGGCCGCCUGGUUCUCCUCCUGCCCCUGCUGCAGACCUUCUUCACUCCUCUCCCUCACCUUGCUACUCCUGUUUCUCCUGCUCGGACCAUCCUCCUCCUCUCCGUUGUCCUUUUCAUCUGAAAACAGCCACAAUGCACCAGGAGGGACUUCUCCUCACUUCUUCGUCUCAUAUCCGCCACCGUCCUCGUCACCCACACCGCUUCACGCAUCCUCUGCAAGGUUGCCACGGGCGACCAAUGUGUCAUCGUCGUCCGCGACGGUCAUCGGCCGGCACGUGCGAAGCAGCUACAAGCAUCUACAAGGAGACGUGCGCAGGCGGAAACUGUUCUCCUACCAGAAAUUCUUCCUUCGCAUUGGCAAGGAGGGAAAGGUUAACGGCACCAAAAGUGAGGACGAUCCAUACAGUAUUUUGGAGAUCAAAUCAGUGGAUGUGGGAGUGGUGGCCAUCAGGGGCCUCAGCAGCAACCACUACCUGGCAAUCAGGAAGAACGGAGUUCUAUAUGGAGCGAGGGAGUAUGGUCCAGACUGCCGUCUAAUUGAACGCAUCGAGGAGAACAAGUACAACACCUACGCUUCAGCUGAGUGGCUCAACAAGGACAAACGCAUGUUUGUGGGACUGAACGCCAAGGGAAAGCCAAUGAAAGGAAAGAAGACACGGAGGAAAAACACAGCCACUCACUUCCUGCCUAUCGUGGUACAACCACGAUGAUUGGGCAAACCAGCCAAGGGAGAGCUGUGCAGACUGCAGGCUAGUGGACGUUUUUGAAACUACAGUGAUGGCUACAUUGGACAGAUCCAAACCUGACCAGUAUGAUGCACUGAGGAGGAAAAGAAAGGAAACAAAUGGACAUUUUAUCUCAGUUGGAUAAAGACAUUUCUAUUUUUAAAGAAAGAAAUAAGAUAUAUCACUAUACAAUGUAUAUAUUAUUUUCUGUUUUAAGUUAUAAAGUACACUGGCAUGGUAAAAAUAUGAAAAGAAAUUACUUCUGUGCCAAAAUGUGAUACAGUAACUCACAUUUUUAGAUUUGUGUACAUGUGAAGUCAGUGACUGGGAAGAAAUGACAAAAGAGAAAACGUGGGAAAGGAGAGGAAGGUAGAGGAAGUAUUAGCAGAAAGGUGACUGACAGAAGGAAAAGACGAGACAGGCAGGGAAAAAAGGUUGUGUUCAGUCACGGAGGUACCAACACAGCAACAAGUCUAACACUAUCAUGUUUUUUCUUCAAAUUUAUUUAUUUUGUGUAAUAUUUAACAAAAA